AUGCGCAAGAACAUUGAUCCCCUUGUCCUCUCUGGCCAGUACAAGAGCCACAUGCAUAGCUCAUCUGGCAGCGAUGCUGUCAAAGUGAACAUGAGCCCGACAGCCGAGUUACAAAAGGGGUGUUCCCCAACGCAGAACCCCAAUAACUUUUCCGUCUAUUAUUCCUUUGAAAAGGACCUCGUCACGGGAUCCGAAGUGACCUGGCUCUGUCAGAAUCAGGCCUUUGACCCCGGCGGCAAGGCGUACUCCCAGUUCCAGCAGGAGACCUGCUCGACCUCACUGCAAGCCGUUCUCUGGUUUCCGAACUGCGUCGACGAGAAGAAGCUCAAGUCGACGUACUCUGAUGAGAAGAGGGGUGUUUGCGCUCAGGGCAUGAAGAGGGUGCCGCAGCCGCGGACCAGUAUCCGAUAUGAUGCGAAGAAGGCCGUCCCGGAGCCCCGGAGGGCUGGGAAGGGGGAGACCCGCCGAUCGAGCUGGAAUGUGGCGGGAGUCACUGUUUCCAUGGGGAAUUCGUGA